AUGAACCGUCGUGGUCUCUCCAAACUCAUCACCGGUAGGACCACCCUUGUCAAGAAUCGAUAUUGGUGCGCCACGCGUUUUAAGGCUGGACACCGACAUAACGUUCAUCUUUUGAUCGAGGAAACACAACAGCAACGGCAUGCCGCUCCUGUUGUAUACUCGCACCGUGGAGGUGAACAUGAGCAGCUUGUGCGAUGGGUGAGGGCUCUUGACUUCGCAGAUCAGCGUGUUUUUGUUGUAGAGACCUGCAAGGUCUUCGAUAGGGCUUUUGAGAGAAACGCAACAGUUACGCGCCAACGGCACCAUAGAUGCUACAGUGCCAUUUUCGAAGGGCACCGCGUAACUUGA